AGCCUGGCAGACAGUGCUGUGGCAGGCGAAGAUGCGGGCUUACUUGCUGCAGCCCUCACGCUGGCUGAGAAACCACCUCCUCGCCAGCCGACCGGCUGGGAACCCCUGCACGUCAGUGUUUCUUGCGGCGGGAGGAGGACGUGGGCUUCACUGCCGGGCCAAAAUGCGCAGCCAGGGGAGCAGGCGGAGAACGGCGACGAAGGGGACCUGUCCCCGGACACAGAAUCGCCAACCUGGAUCCAUCAUAAGCCGACUGCGGCACCGACAGCCCCGCAGAACGGUGCAACAACUUCUCCGCCUCCCGAGACAGGAAGGCAAAGAGGUCCAUGGAGCUAGCCCGAUGCUCAGGCUUAACGUGCAAAAAUGAGGCUUUCAUUAGUUCUUCUCAUCACCAUCUCAGCUGUAUUUGGUGGGAGUCUGGCCUUUAGAAUCGUUGUCUUCCCAAGGGGAACCAGCAACAGUUAUGUGGAGAUGACCCCUGAGAAACCCCUCACUCUGAAGGCUUUCACACUGUGCAUGCGUGUGGCCACAGAGCUCAACGGCGAGAGAGAAAUCAUCCUGUUUGCAUAUCGAACACCUGACUAUGACGAGCUGAAUGUGUGGCGAGAGCUGGACGGAAGGCUCUCCUUCUACCUGAGUGGAAGUGGAGUUCUGUUCCAAGUCCCUGACCUCGGCUCGCUACAGAAUCAUCUGUGCUUCACCUGGGAUUCCAGCUCAGGUGCUGCAGCCCUCUUCAUGAACGGCAGAAAAAGUGUGACCAAAAUCUAUAGGAAGGCUCACACUAUCCAGCCAGGAGGCCGGGUUUUAAUCGGCCAGGAUCCUGACAAUUAUCUGGGUGGCUUUGAUGCAAAGCAGAGUUUUGUUGGAGAGAUUUCUGACGUGAACUUGUGGGACUCUGUCCUGUCAGACGCUGAAGUCCAAAACCUGUUUCAUCAGAGAACAACACACAAAGGAAAUGUGAUUGACUGGGAAACUUCAGAUCUUACACCAACUGGAGAGGUGGAGGUUAUUAAUGUUAAUCCAUAGCCCAAUUAUUUCUACAUGCAUAAAAAAACUUUGUUUUCUUUGGGCAAAUAAAAUUCAUCCUGAAGUCUU